CGAGAGAGUAGCUGAAGAUUGUGUGAAAUGACUUAAAUAGCGCUGGAGUCUCCUGUGCGCAGAAGAGCAGAACAUCUCCAACACACACAGAGUCAAAGAUACAAGGGGAUUUCUGCAAAGCGUCUUGAUUAUAAGAGCGUCUCUUUUCAGGGGAAUCAUGACUCUGAGAGGACUCGUUUUGUGCCUCUUGCUGUGGAGUUCCGCGAGCAGCAGACGCGUAGAAAUGCCUGAUGAUGACACCGUGUUUGACCUGUUCGAGCUCACUCAUGUCCACAAGAAGCAUCACGGGGUGAGUUUAGUGAAGGGACCCGAUCCAAACAGCCCCGCGUACAAGAUCCUGAACCCGAACCUGAUCCCCUCAAUGCCCGAGCUCUCCUUCAGGGACCUGAUCUACUCCAUCCAGAGCGAGAGAGGCUUCAUCUUCACCGCCAACCUCAAGCAAGCCAAGCGCACCAGAGGCAGCCUGGUCUCCGUGGAGAGGACAGACGGCACCGGAUCCGUCUUUGAGAUCAUCUCCAACGGGAAAGCCAACACCGUGGAUCUGGUGUUCUGGACCGCGAGCGGGCAGCAUGUGGUGUCCAUUGAGGACGUGGACGUGGCGAACGGACACUGGAAGAACAUCACGGUGUUUGUGCAGGAGGAUCGAGCUCAGGUCCAUGUGGGCUGCGAGGAGAUCAACACUCAAGAACUCGAUGCUCCGAUCCAGCAGAUCCUGAAUCAGGAGAGCGCGGACAUCUCGAGCCUGAGGAUCGCCAAAGGAGCCGCCAAAUCCGAUCGCUUCAUGGGAGUUCUCCAGAACGUGCGGUUUGUUUUUGGAACGACGCUGGAUGCGAUUUUACGCAAUAAAGGAUGCGAGAGCUCAACCUUCAUCACUGAUGUCAUGACCUUGGAAAACCCCGUGAACGGAUCCAGCCCGGCCAUCCGCACUGAUUACACCGGACACAAGUCUAAAGAUCUGCAGGACAUCUGUGGAUUUCCAUGCGACGAUCUUUCGAGCAUGUUUAAGGAGCUCAAGGGACUCGGCCUGGUGGUGAAGCAGCUGUCAAACGAGCUCCGCCAAUUGACAGCAGACAACAACUUAAUCAUGACUCAGAUUAAAAUUCAAGAAGGGGUUUGUCUGCACAACGGCAUCGUUUACAGAGACAAAGACGAGUGGACGGUGGACAGCUGCACCCACUGCACGUGUCAGAACUCCGCCACUGUGUGCCGUGAAAUCUCCUGUCCUCUCAUGCCCUGUGCCAACGCUACUGUCCCAGACGGUGAAUGCUGCCCACGCUGUGGAACACCGAACGAUGCGGGUGUGGACGGCUGGUCGCCCUGGUCCGAAUGGACACACUGUUCGGUGACCUGUGGAAGAGGCAUUCAGCAGCGCGGACGCUCUUGCGACCGAAUCAAUAGCAACUGCGACGGCACGUCUGUCCAGACGAGAGACUGUUACACGCAAGAAUGCGACAAACGCUUCAAGCAGGAUGGUGGCUGGAGCCACUGGUCUCCCUGGUCUUCUUGCUCAGUGACGUGUGGCGAGGGCGUCAUCACUCGCAUCCGGUUGUGCAACUCCCCUACGCCUCAGAUGGGUGGGAAAGACUGUGAGGGAGACGGUCGUCAGACCGAGCCGUGCCAGAAGGACCCGUGCCCCGUGAAUGGAGGUUGGGGACCCUGGUCAUCAUGGGACUCUUGCUCCGUCACGUGCGGUGGAGGACUGCAGCGCAGACACCAUCUGUGUAACAGUCCCGCUCCCAAAUACGGUGGAAAAGAAUGUAUGGGUGACUCCAAAGGCACCCGUUUGUGCAAUGCCCAGUCGUGUCCAGUUGACGGAUGCCUGUCUAACCCAUGCUUCGCCGGCACCAAAUGCACCAGUUUCCCCGAUGGCUCCUGGAAGUGCGGCGAGUGUCCGGUUGGAUACACUGGGGAUGGAGUCCACUGUCAAGACAUUGAUGAGUGCGAAAAAGUUCCAGAUGCCUGUUUCGUGCUCAAUGGAGUCCAUCAGUGUGUGAACACAGAACCAGGCUACAACUGCCUGCCCUGCCCUCCACGCUACUCUGGACAGCAGCCCUUCGGCAGGGGAACGGAGCAGGCCAUUGCCAACAAACAGGUCUGCACACCUAGAAACCCAUGCGAGGACGGCAGCCAUGACUGCAAUAAGAAUGCCAACUGCAUCUACCUGGGCAUCUUCUCUGACAUCAUGUACCGCUGCGAAUGUAAACCAGGCUACGCUGGAAAUGGUUACAUCUGUGGAGAGGACUCUGACCUUGACGGCUGGCCAAACACGGACCUCCAUUGUGUGGAAAACGCCACCUACCACUGCAAGAAGGACAACUGUCCUGACCUUCCCAACUCUGGUCAAGAAGACUAUGACAAAGAUGGAACUGGAGAUGCUUGUGACAAUGAUGAUGACAAUGAUGGGAUCCCUGAUGACGGGGACAAUUGCCCGUUCAUCUUUAACCCAAGACAGUACGACCAUGACCGCGAUCAAGUUGGUGACCGAUGUGAUAAUUGCCCGUAUGACAGUAAUCCAGAACAGACCGACACCGACAACAACGGCGAGGGUGAUGCCUGUGCCAUUGACAUCGAUGGUGAUGGCAUCCUCAAUGAGAAGGACAACUGUCCAUAUGUGUACAACACUGACCAGAGAGACAGUGACCGAGACGGAGUCGGUGACCACUGUGACAACUGCCCACUGGAGCACAACCCUGACCAGAUCGACUCCGACUCUGACAACAUUGGAGACAAGUGUGACAACAACCAGGACAUUGAUGAGGAUGGACAUCAGAACAACCUUGACAACUGUCCCUACAUCCCCAACGCCAACCAGGUCGACCACGACAAGGACGGCAAAGGAGACGCCUGCGAUCAUGACGACGACAAUGAUGGUGUGCCUGACGACAAAGACAACUGCCGACUCGCCUUCAACCCAGAUCAACUGGAUUCGGACGGAGACGGGCGAGGUGACGUUUGCAAGGACGACUUUGACGUCGAUAACGUGCCAGAUAUUUACGACGUUUGCCCGGAGAACUUUGGCAUCAGUGAAACAGACUUCCGUAGGUUCCAAAUGGUUCCUCUCGAUCCCACGGGAACUUCCCAAAUCGACCCUAACUGGGUCGUCCGUCACCAGGGCAAAGAACUUCUGCAGACCGUCAACUGUGAUCCUGGCAUCGCUGUUGGUUAUGAUGAGUUCAAUGCCGUGGACUUUAGCGGCACGUUCUUCAUCAACACAGACCGUGAUGACGACUACGCCGGCUUUGUGUUUGGCUACCAAUCCAGCUCACGUUUCUACGUGGUGAUGUGGAAACAGAUCACACAGACCUACUGGUCUCAUACACCCACUAAAGCACAGGGGUACUCAGGACUGUCCAUUAAAGUAGUGAACUCGACCACAGGACCGGGCGAACAUCUCAGGAACGCUUUGUGGCACACUGGAGACACCGAGGGACAGGUGCGUACCCUGUGGCAUGAUCCCAAGAACAUUGGCUGGAAGGAUUACACCGCCUACAGAUGGCAACUAAUCCACAGACCCAAAACCGGACACAUCAGAGUUAUCAUGUAUGAAGGCAAAAAAGUCUUGGCUGAUUCAGGAAGCAUCAAUGACAAGACAUAUGCCGGAGGAAGACUUGGCCUCUUUGUCUUCUCUCAAGAGAUGGUUUACUUCUCAGACCUCAAAUACGAAUGCCGAGAUGCAUCAUAACGGCCCCAUCAGCGUUUUCCUUAAAGAUGCGCCCGCUAUCUGUCGGUUUAAAUGUGUUCUGUUAUAAAACUCUUCUGCGGUGGGGUCGAGUAUCCAAACGUGGAGGCCAACAACUUUCAAUCUAAACAAGGACCACAGGAGCAGGUCGAGCAUGAAGACCCAUCAAUACUUUCAUCUCAUCUAUCUCAGCUUGUUUCUUAUCAUGUGAUUGGUAAAGGGAAGUUCUUCUGCAACGUCGCCUCAGAUCUGCUGUGGACUAUGAUCAUGACAAAGGAGCCACUUGCAAACUGAAGCAAAAGCUUCCCCUUGUUUCUGGUGGGUUUGAGAUGCCACAGCAGGAACGGUUAAGGAGUGACGCACAGGACAGAC